UCAAACCUGACACAAGCUGAUGUUCCAGACCCAUUAUGAAUAUAAAUCUACCUCCGUUUCCUCUGUUUAUUUUGCUGGUGCUGCAUGCACAGCUAUCAAAGAGCUACCCAAAAGUAGUUAUUGCAUCUCGAAGUGGUGGGCCUUACCUUCUCUGCCAACAUGUACCUUCAGUGGAUUCCAAGUUUAAUCUAACCUUGAUGAAAGGCAAUACGAAACAAGAAGUGUGUAUGGUGUACACUGAUGGGAAAAGUACUACCUUUUAUAGCUGGAAUGACAACCCUACUUGUAACUGGGCAGCAUCCAAUAAUAGUAUUUCCUUCACUCUCUCCAAUUUUGAUGUCAAGCACACCGAUAAUUACACUUGCGAGAUUUCGAUUUUUUUCCCCCCUCCAGUUCAAAAUUUUAUUAUAAAUGAGACGUAUGUUUACAUCCACGAUUUACAGCAGUGCGCUGGAAUGCAAGUAUUUACUAUAUGGAUAUUGACUGGUCUUGCUGUAUUUCUAUUUCUGUGCUGCAUUUUAACAUUCUGUCUUUGGAUGCAAAAGAGGCAUCAGAGGAAAACUAUAACUCAAGACAAUAUCCAGAAUAAUGAAUGCAACAGUGAAUACAUGCCAAUGGCAUCCGUCAAUCCAGCUAAACGCCCAAUUAUUCCAAGACUGUGAGUUGCACACAAUGACAAGCAACGGUAUAUUAUAAUGCUGAAAACCGUAAUAGUUACUGUAUAUAGAAGCAACCCCUUUCAUUUCACAUCACCUGUUAUUGUUCAGUAAAUAUAUUGUAUAUGUUGUCAUGUAUUCACAUGAAGCCUUGUGCAAAAAGUUAAAGUUAAAGUAUCUUCUAUGUUGAGAUCAUUUGAAGUCAGAGUUUCGCACAAUGAAUGUUGUUAUGCAGUGUGCAAAUAAUGAAUAUGCCUUCCCUGUUAUAUGAAAUCCAUUCUGCUGCUAUACACCAGUUAGGCACUAUUGAGAUAAAACCAGCUAAUAAGGCUGUUAACAGUGUGAGGGUGUCAAAGGGUGAAAAACACAAUUUUGUUCCCUUUCAUCCGGUCCUCUUGCUCACCAUUAGGCACAAUUAAACUCCCAAUAGUAUGGCCAAUGCUAAUAAUAUAAGUGGGGCUCUUGUACUGAUUCAUCUUUCUUCAAAAGAAAACUAGUAGUGCAUAUUUAUCACAGAAUGAUACAAGCCAUUGGCAUACUGACAUAAGUAUAUUUUCUGGUUAGUUCACACCUUGGGGCAAAUUCACUAAGAUUCGUAGUUGCGCCAGGCGUAACUUUGCCGCACUUCGCCAGGCGUAGUU